CUACAAGGAUUUAGGGGCAAUCUUUUGGUAGACAGCAACCUUAUAUGAGGAAUAACUGGCGCAAGCAGGGAUAACAUUUGGUGUAUGGGGUGCUUUAAGAGGGGUGGUCAAAGCCUCUCCAGGCAUGUGCUAAGGCGAGCUACACCGAGGUCCUUUUUCAGCCAUUACUGUUGCUACAGAGACAGAGCUGGGAGUGCAUGUGUGAGAGUGCAGCGGUGUGCUAGGGCAGAUUUUCCCCCCCAUGUUCCCAGGAUGAGACCGUUUGACCAGGCAGCGAUCGAGCAGGCUACUUUUGAGCCAUCUCAGGAAUCGGUGUAAAGAAAAGGACCAAAGCAACACAGCUGGAGGAAAGAAGACAAGAAUAGGGGGAAUUUAAAUCCUCAGGCAUGCAAAACUAAAAGUUGCCACACUGACUGUUUCCAGGUCAUAGUGGAGUGGGAGGGGACCGAACCGCUCUUUUUUCUGCCAAACACCCUCCCUCUCAAUGCUGUAGCCUAUUUUCUCUCUAAUUGACAUCUGCUUAUUAAGCCUGAGGACUCUUUAUUUUCUGCCAAUAUAAGCUCUAAUUACCUUGAUUAACGAAGGUGAGCACAAACAAGCAGGCAACACUGAUCCAUUUCAGGUGAGGAGAGACACACUCUGGACUUUCUUAUAUUUAUGUUACCUUGACAGCAGCCAGACAUCUUGGUGGCCUGUCCCAUUUUCUUCCUCCGUGGUUCGGUAACCAAGCGAUGGCCAUGGUGAGUGGGGGCUGGGGAGAUCCCAACGGGGGCACGAACGGGCUGGGGGAAAAGAGUUACCUGAGGGGGGAGGACGAAGACGGCUCUCCGCAGGCGGGAGGAAGCGACAUGGAGGCCGGGGACGAUGACAAGUCCUGCGUGGUGGACUGCGUGGUGUGCGGGGACAAGUCCAGCGGGAAACACUACGGCGUGUUCACGUGCGAGGGAUGCAAGAGCUUCUUCAAGAGGAGCGUGCGGAGGAAUCUCAACUACACAUGCAGGUCAAACAGAGAGUGUCAGAUUGACCAGCACCACAGGAACCAGUGCCAGUACUGUCGACUGAAGAAAUGUUUCCGUGUUGGCAUGCGCAAAGAAGCAGUUCAACGCGGUCGGAUCCCACCUCAGCCGAGCCUCAGCCCCUCCAUCACGCCCUUAGGUGGAGCAAGCGGCCUUGGAGGUGGCGACUUCUACAACAACAACAACAACGGAGGGAGUGGCGGAGGUCAGCCGGUGUCUGAGCUCAUUUCCCAGCUGCUGCGAGCAGAGCCGUACCCCAGCAGUAGGUUUGGUCACCAGUACAACCAGCAGGCCGGACCGGAUAACGCCAUGGGGAUCGAUAACAUCUGUGAACUGGCUGCAAGGCUACUCUUCAGCACCGUGGAAUGGGCCAGGAGCAUCCCUUAUUUUCCCGAGCUGCCUGUUUCAGAUCAGGUGGCUCUGCUGAGGCUGAGCUGGAGCGAGCUGUUCAUCCUCAAUGCGGCCCAGUCGGCCCUGCCAUUACACAUGGCCCCCUUGUUGGCCGCAGCCGGCUUCCACUCCUCGCCCAUGUCCGCAGAGCGUGUCGUGUCCUUCAUGGACCAGGUGAGGGUGUUCCAGGACCAGGUGGACAAGCUGACCCGGCUGCAGGUGGACUCGGCUGAGUACAGUUGCCUCAAGGCCAUCGCGCUGUUUUCACCAGACGCCUGUGGUCUAACAGACCCGGUCCACGUGGAGUCUCUGCAGGAGAAGGCUCAGGUAGCUCUGACGGAGUACGAGAGGAUGCAGUACCCGAGUCAGCCUCAGCGCUUCGGACGCCUGCUCCUGCGCCUCCCUGCCCUGCGCGCCGUUCCAGCCAGCCUCAUCUCGCAGCUCUUUUUCAUGCGCCUGGUAGGAAAGACCCCCAUCGAGACGCUGAUUCGUGACAUGCAGCUCUCCGGAAGCUCCAUCAGCUGGCCGUAUGUCCCAGGACAGUAGCCCGCUUGCGGAUGAGGUCUCCGUCUGGGAUUAGUGACGACAAAGACCCACAGGAAACCUCCUGACUCAUCACUAUCCAUCUGUGUGGUUAUCAAACUACAGUGCCAGCUGGCCGUCAUAUGACCUGUACUGUAACCACUCUAUUCACUCUCAUGAAAUGAUCCCUCUGUCUCCACACGGCCUCCAGUAAAGAGAGGAGCCAGUGCCAGCCAGGAUCUGUCUUGUUGCCAGCCCAGUCGCUCUGGUGCCAGGUCUCAGGGCAGCGAACAGCUUUUCAUGCUGAGCUCCGAUAUGGCCACCACGGCCAGUCAUGCCACCACCCACAUGCAACAGUGACUAAAGACACUCCAGUUUCAUGUAGAGGGCAGCAGCACCCCGCGACACAUACAUCUAGAGGACAAAACGGUCCCGCCGCUGAACGUCAGCAGAACAAUUUUCCCCACACUGGGCUCAUUUUACACAGCUCACCCUUUGUGAUACAUUGACCUUUUUAUCCACACUGAUAACAUUACAAUUACAUGAUUAGAGUGGAUCUAAUUGAACUGUGGUGAACUGAAUAUGGGACAAAGUAAGAGCUUGUUUAUGAAGCAAAGCUCUUCUAGCUCAACACUGAGGAGGGAAUGGAUCAUAUGGAACCAGAAAGAAAACAAAACCAAGGAAAAAUCACCAAAGUCUAUCAUUUCAUCCUCAGAGAUGGCUUCUGAUUAGAAUAAUUGGUCCACAAAGCAGAGAGAUAAACGGACUCUUGUGACUGCCUGACCAUCAAUAGAACAAUGCAUUUAAACACAUUCACAGGGCUCACUGUUUCUGUCAUAAAGCCGCAGUUACAGGAGAGCGGACUUAUACCUCACUAGACAUCAGAAUGCUUCAGUCUGAUAUUUCCUUAACACAAACCUCUGUAAAUGUUGUUCACCAGAAACCGCCUUCUUUUUGACAACUGCCUUGUUUUUCAUUCUGAAUUUGGGUUGAGCAUCACCAACAUUUGUCUUGUAUCUCUAAAAAAACAAAACAUGAUUUGACCCAUUGAAUCAGGGGGAAUUCAGCUAUCAAGCAAUGUUUGGAUCAAGCUUCUUUUUUCUUUUUCUUUGGAGAAAUAGCAGGCUGACAUCAACUCGGGUUCUUUUAAAACAAACAACUGAAGAUAUAUCAAUGGGUUAUUAGGGCUGUACCCGAAUAUUCGUUCAUUGGAGUACUAUCCGGGUUUCAAUAUAUUCGUUGUUUUUUUCCCCGUUUUUUAUUGAAAUCUCCAAUAUCAACGUAAGAGCUUGUGCCUCUUCGGGGGGUGCUAACAC